AUGAAUUUCACAGGUGCUUCACUCUGGCGAAAUAUCCGGACGAGCUUUUUCCGUCCAAAAUGCCCGACGCUUCAGUCUUGGGCAUUUCAGAGCCGCGCAUUCAGCAUUCGCCGUCUCUCGACCAAAGCCGAGAGUGAAAUAAACCCUCAAGAGCUUGCAAAACAUAAACCAAAGGCUGCUACCCAACUUCGACGAACCGCUGCUGCUUCACUCCCUAUUCGUGCGAAUCCGAAUCCCUCGAGAGGAGAAAUUCGGCCAGUCUCUGUUCUGACGACAGCAGAACGCUAUCUAUUUCCACAGCUACGAUUCCGUCUUCCUGCAGCGGCAAUCAGGUUACAGAGUGCUUGGUGGAUCCCGAGAUGGGCUGGACUCGACGGAAAGGAAGGAGAAAUUUUUGUUUUUGAGAACGGAAGUCUUGUGUGCUGGGGUUUAGAGGAGGCCGACGCGCAUAAGUUUGCUAGGGAUUUCAUCUCUGGGUCGAUUGCAGAAGUUGGGCAUUUGGAGGAAGUAGAGACCGAGGAUGUAGAGUUCGUAACGGAUCCAAAUGAGAAAACUCGCAUCCAGGGAGACCUCAUCAUACUCGGAAGCAGUCCACCUCCCGAAGAACCAUCCUCUCUCCCGUCCUCAAUCCCAGAAAUGGUUCUCCCCAAAGACACAUUACUCGCUCGCUACGCGUUUUCUCAAGGCCUCGCUCGUUCUUCCGCACUAUCCGCACUCGAAUCGAAAUUAGAUUCAUUUAUCGUUUCAGUAUCGGUUCUUCCAGUGACGUUGUCGAAAACCGGGAAAGUCGGCCUUUCGAGACGAGAGGUGAUCAUGAAACUUGGUGAACUUAUGAUGUUUAGACAAGGCUUGAACCUCAAUCAUGAGAACUUCCUUGAUACACCUGAUUUUUACUGGGCUGAGCCUCAGUUAGAAGCUUAUUUCAAAUCGAUAUCCGAUGGUUUGGACAUCCGAGCACGCACUCAACUUUUAAAUAAUAAGAUCACUUACGCCUCGGAGGUCCAAUCGGUUCUUCGGGAACUUCUCACUGAAUCCUCCGCUCAUCGAAUGGAAUUAAUUAUCAUUCUUCUCAUCUCGGUCGAAGUCGUCAUAUGCCUUAUCCGCGACGGACCAGAUCUCUGGCAAAUGAUAGUCGGGACGGAGGAUAAGGAAUCCUCGGCAACGACGACAAAAAGGCAUCACUAACGUUAUAAUGACAAUACCACUCACUCCUUGCUCAUCCCUACACCCUACUCAGCCAACGCAACGCAUAUGUGGAACCAUCUAUAGUACUAUAUACCGUAGACAUAUAACUGCUUUUCUGACAAUCACAACAAUGUAGACGUCGC